GCCGGCUGGCGGGGUCCGGUCCCGGGCGGGGCAGGGAAGGGAAGAAGUAGCGACUCCCGGGAAAGAGCGCCGUCCCUCGCUCUCUGCCGGCCAUGGUGCUGGGCUCCCUGAAGGCCGCGACGCUGCGCUACGGGCGCCGGGCUUGGCUGGGGCUGCUGGCCGGCGCCUACCGAGGCUGGCCGGCCUGCCUGACGCCGCCCUUCCGUUACAGGCUCCUGCUGGGGACGCUGUACCCGGCCUACGCCUCGUACAAGGCCGUGAGGAACAAGGACGUCCGGGAGUACGUGCGGUGGAUGAUGUACUGGAUCGUCUUCGCUCUCUUCAUGGCCACCGAGACCAUCACGGACACCUUCAUUUCCUGGUUUCCCUUCUACUAUGAGAUCAAAAUGGCCUUUGUGAUAUGGCUUCUGUCUCCUUACACAAAGGGGGCCAGCCUGUUGUACCGCAAGUUUGUGCAUCCCACACUGGCCAGCAAAGAAAAGGAGAUCGACCACUUCAUCUGCCAAGCCAAAGAACGUGGCUACGAGAGCCUUGUGAGCUUUGGGAAGAAGAGCAUCAAUGUGGCAGCCACAGCAGCUAUCCAGGGCCAAGGAGCCCUGGCAGGUCGUUUACGCAGCUUCAGUAUGCAGGAUUUGCGCUCCAUGCCAGAGACAGCCAUGGUGCAUUAUUCAGAUCCCCUCUAUCUGGAGGAACAGGAGCUGUGCCGGCGACCGAUUGGGCACAGGCUAGCAGUGCAGCAGCCGGGCCCUGAUAGCAACAAGGAGGAGGAGGAGGACUUCUGGUCAGACCCUGAGCUGUCUGCCCCCUCCAGAGGCUGCCGCAAGGACCCUGCUCUUCCUAAGCCCUUGGCCAGGAGCCAAAGCCUUCGGCAGGGGAAGAAGAAGCUGCCGACUAAAGAGAGUUCUUCCCGGGGGGUCCGAAGUCGUUCCCGGAAGCAGAUGCCAGACCAAGACCGCUAGGCUCCCCUGGGGGCUUGGCUGCCAAGGCCUCCAUCUGUGUCGCACCACUGGUGCUGGGCUGAGAUUUCGGGGUCCCGCCAGCUGCUCUUAUUUCCCCGCUGCCAGAGCACCCUAACAUGUUGAGCGAGGACUGAGGAAGAACGUAUUGCGCCCCUUGUUGCUGCCUGGGGACCCUGGACCAGCUGCUCCCAGUGCCUGUCUCUGGCUGCCUAUUGGGAAGGGCUUGGCCAGCCUAAGGACGGAUGGGUUGCCGGACUGCUGCCUUAACCGUUGGCCCAGGACCUUUGCAGCCAAGGCAUCUUUGGCCAGAGACCCUCUGUCCUUACCUGCGGCUGGCUCCGCUUGCCUGCCCCACAGUCUCCGCUCUCUUCCUCCGGGGCUGCUGCUGCCGCCGUCCCCUUUUUAGUCUUCCAAUAAAGGUGUUUUUUUCCUGCU